UAUUAUUGCAAUGGUCCGAGACUUCAUCGAUUAUCCUGACUCCUUCCUAUGGAUAUCGCCGACCGCAUCCUCAAAUAUUUAGAGAGGAUACAUCCAACAUGAUACCGACAAGCGUUGAUGGGAACACUCCUAGUUUAACCGGAAGUACAUGGUUCAAUCCCUUGAAUUUAGGUUUUCACUUUGUACAAGAUUCAAAUUGCCUUUGCAUAAAAAAUUAAAAAAACGCCACCAAGAUCGGUACUUAUUUCCCUCGCGAUAGGAAAUUCUUAAUAGCGAGACUAGGCUCGAUAUAAUAACCCUCGUAAAAUUUGGGUAUUUCAAUGUUAUCACCCACCACGUAUCGCGACUACACAGCGCAUCAUUGAAGCACGAUGGUUUCUCACGAGCUGCAAACUCCAUCUGAGACACCGGAUAUAAUAAUCGACAGCAACUCUCCGUUCUCACCCUACAUGCUGCCCCGGGACUCGUACUCAGGCCCGAAACACACGGACGACGUGGACUACAACCAGAUAUGUGCCACCCGUGCCGCAUCCACCCCCCUCACCCCCGAAGAGCUAGGAUUAGUCCGGGGCCACCUCGGAGACAUGUUCCACGAAGAAGCAUCCGGUUCGCUGCGCUGGCACUCGACGUUCCGGACAGGCUGGGCGCGCAAUCUCGAAAUGGCGCUGGCGCCCCAGCAGCAUCAAGACAAUGGCACCAUGCGCUGGUUCCCCGACAUCUGCGACUACGCAAACAAGCAGACAGCCGUGUACUUCGUGGGCGAUAGAGCCGGCGACCGCCACGGCUACACGGACCGCCGGCUGGGCUGUUACAUAUACCGCACAUGGCACGCGCUGCACGGCGGACGGCCAAACCUGCAGCGGCAGCACUACUUCGCCAAGGCGCUGCGCGUGCCCGAGAGCGAGGCCGCGAGCUGGAGCGUCCCCGGCCUCGUCGCCGUCCACCGCCGGCUAUGCGACGCGACGGCGGCGCGUCUCGGGACCGAGGUCGUGCGGCUGCUAUGCAAAGACACCGCCGAUGCCGAUAGUACUUUCCCACCGCCAGACGGGGCGGCGCGGACGUGGCGCGAGCACGGCUUGUCCUUGCACCAUUUGUUCCGCGCCGUGGUCCUCGUGGCUGACGAGCACGUGUUGCCCGUGGAGUGUCCGGUGCAGCCGGUUCCGGAGAUCAGGGGCCACAACCAGCAUUGGAAAGUCGCGGCGUGGCUGGAGCGGCUGAUGCCCGAGUGUAGCGUGCUGAUGGUGCGGACGGGGGACGAUGAGCAUCUUAGCCGGCCUGUUUCGUUCGAGGGGCUGGUUAGGGAUGGGAAGACGGUUCCGCUGGGUUUGGAAGAGGGGAAGAUGGCUAGAGAGUUCGGCGUCGUGCGGGUAAAGGUUGAAGUGGCGAUGCGCUUCCUGUUCGAGCUGCAGGCCGAAGAGGAGGCUGCCUUUCCGAGCCUGCGACGGGGAUCGGGUAUGCUUACGGAAGAGCGCGAGAGUGCUUGCCAUGCUUGGGUGGAAAGCGUGCUCCAACAUGCCUCUCUCGAGGAAGUCGGGGUUGACGGGAACCUGUAUACAUGGGAGGCGGUGCGGCGGAUGUGGGCCGAACGAGAUGGGGAGAUCUUUAAUCAAGGUGCUCAGGAUGAGACACGACUGGCGCCGCUAUACUCAUGGUACGGGCUGCGGUGAAUUCCACGGGAAUAAUGGUAUCAUGUUGGAACUAGGAAGACCGUUUUUGAGGCCGCAAUUCAACGACUCAUCAGCAGCCACCGACGAAAUCAAAAUCGCGAAAGAGACACUUUUUCAAAUACUCGAGCUUCUUCAGGAGUCAGAUAAGCUGUCAAAACAAUUCCAAGUAUCGGGCAAACAAGACGAAGACCGCCCAACAGACGAGGCAGCACAAUCAGAGAGGGUUCUAUUCUCUCUAGACAAGAAGAUUUAAGACAUAAUCGUGCGUCACAGACGGAAAAAAAGUCAGUCGAGCAAUUGCUCAAUAGGUGCUCUUAACAGAACAUGCUAUAAAACUCAUCGAGGAUAUCACGUCGCUGAUAGACUCGCUGAUAGACUCGCUGCAUCAAUUAUUCCUAGUGCCCGAGAAAGAACUGGCGUUAGCUGUAGAGGAUGACGAUUUCUGGCCAUGAGGUUUGAUCGUCGGAGCCAUGCAACUUUAAUGUUCAACAUAUUAGCUUGUACAGCAAUAGAAGCUCAACUUCAGUUUUAGCGAUAAUCGUUGACAUGGACG